GUUCCUGUCAUGGUUGAUAAUGGCUUUGUCCUCACUGAGAGUGAUGCCAUCCUGAAGUACCUGUCUAACAAGUAUGAUGUCGCAGAGCACUGGUAUCCACGACAACCAGAGAGACGAGCCAGAGUGGACAAAUACACAGCCUGGCAUAAUACCUACACACGACCACAUGCUGCUAAAGUCUUCAUUCUGGAGUGUCUGCUCCCAUUGCAGUCGGGCUCUCCGGUGGACAAGGUGCAUCUGAGUCGUGCUCUGUCUCAGCUCGAUGACACGCUGGAGAAGCUGGAGUCCAUGUACCUCCGCAGGCAGCCUUUCCUCUGUGGUGACGACAUCUCCGUGGCUGAUCUGCUCGCCGUUUGCGAGCUCAUGCAGCCUAUGGGGGGUGGCAGGGACGUCCUGCACGAUCGUCCUCAGCUGCAGAUGUGGAGGAGCAGAGUUCAGACGGCUGUCGGUGACGCCUUCGACAAAGCUCACGCCGUUCUGUACGGCGUCAGAGACCGCCAAAAGGCCAAGCUAUGACAUAAUCAUAGAGCGGGUCCACUGAAGUGAAGUCACACAGGGGGGCGGGGUGGAGAGCCACUCGGAAGGAGGAGCCCAUCGUCUUCAUCAUAAUCAUCUUCGUCACCAUCGUUUAACUAUUAAUCUGGUUGAUCGUGACACAUGGAUCAUGUCUUUAGGCAUUACUGUCCUAACUACUACAACAAAUGUUUUAUUCAUAUCUUUGGAUGUUAUAUUUAUAAAUUUAUUAAAGAAUCAGCUUAUUUGA